GAUCGACUAUGAUGAUGAAUUGGGGAAUUCUUCAAUAGAUUCCGAUGCUGGCUGCGAUUCUGAUUAUGAGCCUGAUCUGCCUCAGCGUCGGCGCAAGAGAGUACGAACGAUGCCCACCGUGCAGGUGUCAACAACUCAGAUGGAGGGAGAGGAGAAGGACGGCACGGUUUUGGAUAAAACAGCCAGUGGACAACGCUGCAGGUCGGUUAUGAGCACAGAAUGGCACCCCAUUGGAAUCGGGCCCUACACCUUACGCCAAAGGCAGAAUCGACAGAGCAUUCGGCAGCUUCCAUUGUUUGUGACAUGCAGAUGUUGCAGCACAUCAAGGACUGUACUGUAGCUGAAGGGGACGUGGGGCAUGUCUGUGGAUGAGCUGGAAGCGUUCAUUGCGCUCCUGUAUGUCCGAGGACUGUACGUAGGAAUGAACACGCCUUUGGAGAGCUUCUGAAACGAAAAAUGUGGGGUGAUUUUUUUCCCCCCCCGAGACACUAUGCCCACGGAACCGCUUCAGAGAGAUCAUGCGAUACCUGCGUUUUGAUGCAAGAGAGACCAGACGCAUGCACUUGGAAACGGACAAAUUCGCCCUGGUAUCAGAAGUUUGGGACGCGUUUUUACAGAACUGUGUUUCCUCUUAUAAGCCAGGAGUGAAGAUUACCGUUGAGGUGCAAUGGUUCCCCUCAAAAGCUAAGUGCACCUUUACGCAGUACAUCCCCUACAAGCAAGACAAGUGGGGCAUGAAGCUUUUGUUGGCAGCUGACAUCGACAGCAAGUACGUGCUGAAUGUCUUUCCGUAUCUGGGGAAAGGUGAAUCCCAGCUUCCUGAAAAUGUGGUGAUGAGGCUUGUAGAACCUUACCUUGGCGAGGGUAGGAAUGUAAACACAGACGAGAUCUUCACAUCACUGCCAUUGGCAAAUAAGUUGAUUGACAAGAACACAAGCUUAGUCGGGGUUAUGAAAGUGAGCCGGGGGCUGCCUCUCUCUGUGAGCAACCAGGCACAGGCAGAGCUGUUCUCCACAACGGCACGACAAAGCAACACGGUUUACAGACGUAAGCCAAGAGAGAACGUCUGUAUCCUGAGUAAUAAGCUUCCGACAGUUGCUAUUGGCGGUGACACAAAUAGAAAACCAGAGACCCUGACGCACUAUAACAACACAAAGGUUGGUGUGGAUAAGAUGGCCAGACAGUUCAGGGUGAAAGCAGCUACCCACCGCUGGCCUGUUGCCGUAUUCUACAACCUGCUUGACCUGGCUGCUGGGUGAUUAUGCAACUACGGGCACUUCUAUGUCCUCGGGUCAAUUUUGGGGAUUUUAUAAAAAAUAAAACAAAUAGAAAUUUGUAUGUUAAGUUCACACUGGAAUCACCCCAUACGUUUUUAAACACCUCUCUAUCAUCAAGUCUUUUAGCUACUUUUCAGAUGCAUUUUAUACCUCAAUUUCACUAUUUUGCCCUUGUCCCUGACCCAGGCUUUUAAGCUUCUAUGUUUUUCUAUGAGAAAACAUGAAUAAUUACACAUUAUAUAAUGUUAUAUACGACAGAAAU